AUGUUUAAUAGAAUCAGCAUAGGAGGCAAUCCAAAGAAGGAUGCAAACAAAGAGGCUUCUAAAAAUAGCAAUUUUAAUUAAAAGAAUCAAUUCAAUUCAUAAAAAAAGGGAGAAAACAAAAAUACUUUGAGUAGUCUAUUACAAAAGCGCUCAAACCCUGAGAAGAGUUAAGAUAAUUCAAGUGGUAAACCUUAUAAGUAGGCCUAAAAUAAUAAUUAAAGUAGCAAUAAGAACAACAGUUAGAAACCUUAAAAUAACUAAUCAAAGUAAAAUGAUCAAAAUAAAAAUAAAAAGUUUUAAAAGCACGAAGAAAAGUAGAACUAAAAGAACUAAGAUUUAACAAAUAGAAUCGAAUAAGGAUUAGUAGGCUCCAAAUUCAGAAUGAUCAACGAAUACUUGUACACAACUGAUAGCAAAACUUCAGCAGACCAUUUUGCAAAAAACAAAGAAGAUUUCUUAUUAUAUCACUAAGGAUUCUAAAGUUAAAUCGUUAAGUGGCCUGAGAAACCAGUUGAUAUGAUAAUAAAUGAGCUUAAUAGCAAUUAGAUAUUUUAAAAUGCAGUUAUUGCAGAUUUAGGGUGCGGAGAUGGAAAAAUAUUUGAAUAUUUUAGAGAUAAUAAUAAGUUAAAGAGCUUAGACAGUAGUGUAAAGUAAGGAAUGAAAGAAGUUCAUAGCUUUGAUUUGUGUGCACAUAAAGAUUUUAUUAAAGUAGCAGAUAGUAAAAAUAUACCUCUCAAAAAUUCUGAAUGUGAUGUUGUUGUAUUUUGUCUUGCAUUAAUGGGAACCAAUUACAUAGAAUUUUUAACUGAGGCUAAUCGCUUACUUAAAUUAAAUGGCCACCUUAUCAUUUCUGAAGUAAACUCAAGAAUAACUGACAUGGAUCUAUUUAUCGGUAUGAUAGAAUGCUUAGGAUUUAAACUUUAGAAGAAAAUUUUACCAAACACUUAUUUCUGCUUCUUGACAUUUAAGAAACUUGCUGAUAAUAAAUUAAAGUUAAAUUCCUAAAUACUAAAUUAAAAUAAAAACUUUAAGACAAAAUAUAUCGCUAAAUUCCCUAAAACUAAAGAUCAAUCAGACGUUUUAUACAUCUCAUAAUCUCUCCUCAAGCCUUGCAUUUAUAAAAAAAGAUGA